AUGAAAAUCCCAGUGGAAAACGAGGUCAUAACUAUUAGGGGAAAUCAAACCCUAUCUAGGCAAUGCUACAUGGCAACUAUGGGCAGCACGGUGGAAACGAUGAACAUCGAUACACCGGAGCUACUCCUCAGAGAGAAAAAGGCCCAGAAACCCCGUGAAAACUUAGAAACGAUCGAACUUAUAGAGGGAUCCGAGAUGUGUGUAAAACUAGGGGUAGAUUGGCCAAACGAGCACCGAGAAGCUAUCAUAGCUCGGAUAAAACAGUAUGUGGAGGAGUUUACCAACAAGCCAGAGGAUAUUGGGGGGGUAGACCCGAAGAUAAUCUCGCACAAGUUAAACAUGGAUGCUAAGUGCAAGCCUGUUAAGCAAAAGAAAAGAACUUUCUCUCUAGAGAAACAAAUUGCUAUCCGAGACGAAGUGGAGAAGCUUUUGAAAGCCGGAUUCAUCAGGAAAGUAGAUUAUCCAGAGUGGCUGGCUAACGUGGUCUUGAUCAAGAAGUCUAACGACAGUUUCCCUCUACCAAACAUCGACCAACUGGUGGACGCAACGUGCGGAUUUGCGGUCUAUGCUUUCUUGGAUGCCUCUCAGGGAUAUCAUCAGAUCCCGAUGAACAAGUACGAUGAAGAAAAGACAGCUUUCACCACAGAUCUGGGGACAUAUUGCUACAAGAAGAUGCCUUUUGAUCAACUGGGCAAGAACGUCGAGGUUUACGUAGAUGACAUAGUCGUGAAAUCCAAAGGGAUCGAGGAUCACGCAGGGGAUCUGGCAGAAACUUUUGAAAAGCUGAAGAGUUUCAAUCUCAAGCUGAACCCGGAGAAGUGUGUCUUUGCAGUCCGGUCCGGGAAGUUCCUCGGGCACCUCAUCUCGGAGAAAGGCAUAGAGGCGAACCCGGAGAAAAUCGAAGCAGUGAUGAACAUGAAAGCCCCGAGCUCGGUAAAAGAAGUGCAAAAGUUGAACGGAAGAGUCACGGCGUUGGGAAGGUUCAUGAAGGAGUGUAAUACAGCUUUUGAAGAGCUGAAGGUUUACCUCAGCACACCCCCAGUGCUAGGUAGACCCGAGCCAGGGGAAAUCUUAUAUUUGUAUCUCUCGGUGAAUGAUGAGACAGCAGCGGCAGUCCUGGUGAAGGAAGAUAAAGUGGCGGCGGAAAAGCUAAGGAGAUAUUUCGAGGCUCACAUCAUUGUAGUACGGACGAACCAACCUCUGAGAAAGGCGUUGCAAAGGCCAGAAAUGUCGGGACGGCUGGUCAGCUGGUCGGUCCAGCUGGGAGGAUACGACAUCCGGUAUGAACCAAGACCGGCUCUAAAAGCACAAGUAUUGGCAGAUUUCAUAGCCGAGACCACAGCGAGUGACCAACCUGAGGAACCCGAUGAACAACUUCUACGGUGGGUCUUAGAAGUCGAUGGGGCAUCAAAUCUGGAAGGAUCGGGGGCAGGCGUAGUCUUGAAAGGCCCUCACGGAGUUACACUCCGAAGCUCGGUAAAAUUCGAUUUCCCGGCAUCCAAUAAUGCCGCGGAAUACGAGGCUCUGUUGAUCGGAUUAAGAAUGGAGCUCGGAGGAAAAUGGGUGAUAGAACAAGUUCCCCGCUUGGAAAAUCAAGAGGCCGACGUACUGGCCAAAGCAGCAACAGUGAACGAAAAGAUACCGGGGGUCCAUUUCUCAAUUCAAAAGCAUUCCAGCAUUGACAACCACGAAACAAUUUUUCUAACUCAGCCUUUGGAAAAUUGGAUGCAAGGCAUAGCCCACUACCUGAUGGACGGAACUCUGCCAGAAAACAGAGACAAAGCAUACAAAAUCUUGCGACAAGCCCAGUACUACGCAUUCCUCGACGGAGUCUUAUACUGGAAGUCAUUCACCCACCCGUGGUCGAGAUGCCUGACAGCAGAGGAAGGGGAGUAUGUUCUGAGAGAAAUACAUGAAGGUAUUGUGGGGCACACAUAG